ACAUGCAAACGGAUUUUGAGGUUAGAGAUGUUUCUGUCAAACUUAAGAAAAGUUAGCACGUAAAUGUUUAUCUAACAACGAUCUGAACAUUGUAAAUUAAUUAAUGGAUUGACAAUGGGUUUGUUAACGGUAUUAAAAAAAUUGAAGCAGAAAGAAAAGGAAAUGCGAAUUUUAAUGUUAGGCUUGGAUAAUGCAGGCAAAACGACAGUGUUAAAGAGACUCAAUGGCGAACCAAUAGACACUAUAUCGCCCACGCUUGGCUUUAAUAUCAAGACACUGGAACAUCGUGGAUACAAACUCAAUGUAUGGGAUGUGGGUGGGCAAAAGUCAUUGCGUUCCUAUUGGAGAAACUACUUUGAGUCGACAGAUGGGCUUGUUUGGGUGAUAGACAGCGCGGAUCGAAGGAGAUUGGAUGAUUGUAAAACUGAAUUGUACAAGCUCUUGCAAGAAGAAAGAUUGGAAGGGGCGAGUCUUCUUGUAUUUGCUAAUAAGCAGGAUAUGCCUGGCGCAUUGUCUGCAGCUGACAUAGCUGACAUUUUGGAGUUGCCCAAUAUAAAAACUCACCAUUGGCAAAUCUACAAAUGCUCUGCUGUGACGGGCGAAAAUCUAGUCGAUGGUAUCAAUUGGAUUGUUGAUGAUAUUGCAGCGAGAAUAUUUUAUAUAGAUUAAAUUAAAUUCAGAUAUUUACUCUUACCUCAUUAAAUGCUUAGUAAUUAUUAAGUAAUUAGUAUUUGAUAAAUUUUUGUAAAAUAUUAUUUAGGUUGCAAUCAUUAUGUUGCAUCAUGUUAUAAAAUAUGUAACAUAGUAUUAAAAGAAAAUUGUCUGUCU